CAUAACCGAUCCUAGAUCAGCGCUCUGGAGCAAACUCGCUGAACAACGGCAGUGGUGCGAUAGCGACUGUUGAUGUUUUUGUUGUCAGUAAAAUGGCGACAAGCGGAGAGGCCCCGGAAUCUUGGUACCUAGCUCUGCUCGGCUUUGCGGAACAUUUUCGCACCUCAAGUCCUCCGAAGAUCCGUCUCUGCGUCCACUGUCUGCAGGCGGUGUUUCAGUUCAAGCCGCCGCAGAGGGUCGAGGCCCGAACUCAUCUCCAGCUCGGCUCGGUACUCUACCACCACACCAAGAACACCGAACUCGCCCGAAGCCACUUGGAGAAAGCGUGGUUCAUAUCACAACAAAUCCCUCAGUUUGAAGAUGUCAAAUUCGAGGCAGCAAGUCUUCUGUCAGAACUGUAUUGCCAACAGCUGCUUUUGCAUAAUCUGGUUGAUUCGGCAAAGCCCUUGUUGCGGAAGGCCAUCCAGAUCUCCCAGCAAACUCCCUACUGGCACUGCAGAUUGCUCUUCCAACUGGCGCAACUGCACACACUGGAGAAAGAUCUGGUGUCCGCCUGUGACCUUCUGGGGGUAGGGGCAGAGUAUACCAGGGUAGUGGGCUCUGAAUACACCAGAGCUCUCUUUCUGUUGAGUAAAGGAAUGCUGCUGCUGAUGGAGAGGAAGCUGGGGGAAGUGCACCCUCUGUUGACUCUGUGUGGGACCAUCGUGGAGAACUGGCAGGGAAACCCCAUCCAGAAGGAGUCUCUCAGGGUGUUCUUCCUGGUGCUGCAGGUCACACACUACCUGGACGCUGGACAGGUGAAGAGUGUGAAGCCGUGUCUCAAGCAGCUGCAACAGUGCAUCCAGACCAUCUCUACACUCCACGACGAUGAGAUCCUACCCAGUAACCCUGCCGACCUGUUCCACUGGCUGCCCAAGGAGCACAUGUGUGUCCUUGUCUACCUGGUGACAGUCAUGCACUCCAUGCAAGCAGGCUACCUGGAGAAGGCCCAGAAAUACACAGACAAAGCUCUCAUGCAGCUGGAAAAGCUCAAAAUGCUGGACUCCAGCCCCAUCCUCUCCACAUUCCAAGUCAUUCUACUGGAGCACAUCAUCAUGUGCCGACUCGUCACUGGUCACAAGGCCACGGCAUUGCAAGAGAUCUCUCAGGUGUGUCAGCUGUGUGCGCAGUCUCCCAGGUUAUUCACCAACCAUGCAUCCCAGCUACACACCCUGCUAGGUCUGUACUGUCUCUCAGUGAACUGCAUGGAUAACGCUGAGGCGCAGUUCACUGCUGCCCUGCGGGUGAGUGAUCUGACGACGCACCAGGAACUGUGGGCGUUCAUUGUAACCAACCUGGCCAGCGUCUAUAUCAGGGAGGGCAACAGGGACCAGGAGCUUUAUAACCUGUUGGAGAGGAUAAAUCCAGAUCACAACUUUCCUGUCAGCUCUCAUUGUCUGCGAGCUGCAGCCUUCUACAUCCGUGGACUGCUCUCUUUCUUCCAGGGACGCUACAAUGAGGCCAAGCGGUUCCUGAGGGAGACUCUGAAGAUGUCCAAUGCUGAAGACCUGAAUCGUCUGACUGCAUGCUCUCUGGUCCUACUGGGCCAUAUCUUCUACGUGCUGGGGAACCACCGGGAGAGCAACAACAUGGUGGUCCCAGCCAUGCAGCUGGCCAGCAAGAUCCCUGAUAUGUCAGUCCAGCUCUGGUCCUCGGCUCUGCUCAAGGAUCUGAACAAGGCAUGUGGGAACACGAUAGACGCCCAUGAAGCGGCUCAGAUGCACCAGAACUUCUCCCAGCAGCUCCUGCAGGACCACAUCGCUGCCUGCAGCCUCCCUGAGCACAACCUCAUCAGUUGGACGGAUGGACCUCCUCCAGUGGGCCAGUUCCAGGCCCAGAAUGGACCCUCUACCAGCCUGGCCAGCCUGCUCUAAGCACCACCACACAAUGAGAGAGAGUGAGCUGGAGAGAGAAAGGAAGGGAAAGGUAGAGGGGGUAGAAGAGGGAUAGAGAUGUGAAGACUUGUAUGCCGCUGAUCUGCAUACAGCCUGGAUGCUGGUUUGUUUCAGCAUUGACCAGUUUCAUUGUAGUUACUAUGCCAACGAGCAUAUCUAACCAAUGCUGAAACAAUACUACCUACGCUACAUAUUUUAUCUAGAAUUCUAAAGAUCUUAACUUGUUCUUUCAACGGUAGGACUUUUUUAGUGGGAGGGUGGCGGGACACGCAAAAGGUGUUUAUAUCUUUAGGUGGUGAGAUGAGAGAGAACUGAGCUUAGACCUACCUCAGAGAGACUGCCACUGGUCACUGCAUUAGCAGGGUGUACACAUAAUGAAACUAUGCACCUUUAUAGAGUUGAAAUGUCAUGUGAUGAGUAGCCUGGAGUAGAAGCUAGCUUUUUGGUCUAGCUGGCGGUAUGAAUGGUUGACAUUGAAUUGCUGACAACUAAGGUACCAUAGAAGGUUUUCACACUCAGAGUUGUGCCCCGAACUCAAGGCAGGACAAUAAUCCAGUGAAGAGCGAAGACCAUCUCUGUGACACUGCAGCGACAUGAGAUAGAACUUUAAACGAUGGUUAGGUUCUACACUUUGUCCCCCAAGUUUCAUUGUUGUCAAGCUCCUAACAACGGUCCUGGAGUGGGAAGUUAAGACAUUGAAUUGGGUGAAUAUUUUAAUAUCAUUUUAUUUUUUAAGUCAAUAAUCAUUUUUAAUGGCAAAUGGAAUUUUGGGAGGCAAUGUUUGCACCCAUUUUUUUUUUUUUUCAGUAGGCGGUAACAAAACUAAAACUACAUUUUAUCUAGAUACAGUGCCUUUGGAAAGUAUUCAGACCCCUUGAUUUUUUCCCUCAUUUUGUUACAUUCCAGCCUUAUUCUAAAAUAGAUUAAAUUCUUUUUUUCCUCAGCAAUCUACACAUAAUGUAAUGACAAACUGAAAACAGGUUUUCAGAUUCUUUAGCAAAUGUAUAAAAAAUAAAAAAAAACAGCAAACCCUUUGCUUUGAGACUUGAAAUUGAGCUCAGGUGAAUUCUGUUUCCAUUGAUCAUCCUUGAGAU